AUGCCCAUCUCAAUCACUCCCGUGCAAGCUGCUGAUACGGCCAUUGCGCUGACCACGAUCGGCAUGGCGGUCACCAUAUUCCGUCUCGGAAUCCGCAUUCACGACAAGAAGUUGGGCUGGGAUGACUUCUGGGCCGCCAUGUCUCUCGUCUCGGCGUCCAUCCUUCUGACGGGCGCUUGUAUCAUUCUGACACCAAAACCCUGGAUGGGUAGAAUGACCAUGAUUACGGGCUAUUACUUCUCCGGUCACGGAUUCUACGGCACGAUCUGGUGUGCACGCUUUUCCAUCCUUGGCACCAUCAUGCGAAUAUGCCCAUCCUGGUGGAUGAAGUACUUCCGUCUCAUGGCCGUCGCCUUUGCCGGAAUGUGGAUAUUCCUCUUCAUUCAGUACAUGGUCCAUUGCGAGUCGGACCCAACCUGGAAGGACACCACACAUCAGUGCUCGCUUGGACGCAGAGUCGCAGCGGCUCAGCUCAUUACCGAUAUCGUAGCAGAUGUAGCGCUCAGUGUAGGCCCCGUGGCCAUGCUGUGGCAGGCGAAGUUGCCAAGGGGUCAGCGUAUGCGCUUGAUUACCGUUUUUGCCUCCUGCAUCCUGACGAGUCUGGUGUCUCUCGCCCACGCCUACUGUAUCUGGGUCAACAAGGGCUUGGAUGAGUUCUUUUCAGCCAUGUUUGAGACGAAUGUCAGUAUGGUCGUCGCGAGCCUCAGCGUGAUCAUGGGAUUCUUCUAUCGCCUCCGCGGCGGAGACGACAGCGGCGGCAACAUCCACACCAGUGGUGGGACCGCCGCGUCCAACUUCGAGCUCGCCUCUGCUGGACGCCGUCCCAUCAACGUCGAUAUUUCCACGACAGUCUGGGUGGAGGACGAGGCGGUGCGCGACCAGGUCAAGGGCGCGCCAAAUCGUUCGGUAGAAGACGGCCUCGGCCUCGACGACUACAGUAAGAAAGGUCAUGAUCAAGUAUAUAAUGGGUUCGCGCGAUAG